UACCCUCCCCGAGACGGGUCCUGGAAGAGGAAAGGCUAACCCGGCGCCUAGCUCAAGCGCCUGACUGGAACGCAUCCACUCCUUCCCUGCCAGGACCGUUCCGUGGCGAGAUGGUGGCGCCCAGAGAGGGAACGUCUCAGGAGCUGGAGGCAGCCGUGCAGGAGGAGGAAGAUGCAGGGCAUAUGCAGGCAGAUCUAGAGCAGGAGGAGCUGGAGCCCAGGCUCCGAGACACCCCAGAGGACAUCUCCUUUGAAGCUGCUGCCAACACCAUUGCCUUCCACCCCAGCCAGGACAUCCUUGCAGCUGGCGAUGUGGACGGCGAUGUCUAUGUGUAUUCGUACUCUUGCCUGGAGGGUGGGAACCGGGAGCUCUGGUCUUCAGGACAUCACCUGAAAUCCUGCCGGGAAGUGUCCUUUUCCCACGAUGGACACAAGCUCUUCACUGUGUCCAAGGAUAAAUCCAUCCACAUCCUGAACGUGGAGGAGGGCCGGCUGGUGACACGCUUCUCCAAGGCUCACAGCUCGGCCCUGAACAGUCUGCUGGUGAUAGAUGACCACCUCUUUGCCACGGGGGAUGAUGGUGGGAUGCUGAAGGUGUGGGACCUCCGCAAAGGCACAGACAUCAUGGAGAUGCGGCAGCAUGAGGAGUACAUCAGCAGCAUGGCCAUAGACGAGAACAAGAAGCUCCUGCUCACCACCAGUGGUGAUGGAACCAUGGGUGUCUUCAACAUCAAGAGACGGCGCUUUGAGCUGCUCUCAGAGCCUCAGAGUGGAGACCUGACGUCCAUCGCGCUGAUGAAGAGGGGGAAGAAAGUGGUGUGUGGCUCUAGCGAGGGGACCAUUUAUCUCUUCAACUGGGACGGUUUUGGUGCCACGAGCGACCGCUUUGCAGUGAAGGCCGAGUCCAUCGACUGCAUGGUCCCUGUCACGGAGAAUGUCCUGUGCACGGGUUCCAUCGAUGGAGUCAUCAGGGCGGUGAAUAUCUUACCUAAUCGGGUGAUAGGCAGCGUUGGGCAGCACCUGGGGGAGCCCAUUGAACAGCUGGCCAAGUCCCACACUGGUCAGCUGCUGGCCAGCAGUGGCCAUGACCAGAAGGUGAAGUUCUGGGACAUCUCAUCACUCCGCUCCAUGGUGGUGGAUGAUUACCGGAAGAGAAAGAAGAGUGGGCAGCUGAAGGCCCUGAGCUGCAAAGCCUUGGGCGGCAGAGAGGACUUCUUUGCCGACAUGAGAGAGGAGGCAGAGGCCCCAAAGGAGGAGCAGGAGGAGGAGAGUGACAGCGUUGACAGUAACUGAUGGAAGCCCAGUGGCCUCUGGGAGAUUCCAUGGCCAGAAAGCUCCGUAGGGACAUGGACUAUGAAGCCAGCAGAUUCUGCAGCCAUGGGAAGGAUGCAUCCUCACUGUGUUGUGGAAGCAGCUGGAGGCCAAGCUUAUUUCCCCAUAGAGGACUGGCUCAUCUGGGAGUGUUCCUGCAGGCCAGAGUGCUAGCAGGGCCCUUGGUGCAGCUGAGUUGACAAGGCGCAACAUCCCUCUCUGCAUUCCUCAUUAAAGGCCGAUAGAGGUCUUAUUGGGAGAGGGGCUGGAACCUCCUGCCAGCUGGGAUGACCAGGCUUUGUUUGGAAAGAAGCAACUCUCCUGAUGGGAAAGGAGUGUCUCCAGUUUUCUCUCUAAGAGGAAAAAACCUACCUCAGACCCCUCUCCACCCUCUGCCCCAGCCCUUCCCUUGUGAGCUCUCAUAAGCACCAGCUGCUUUAUGGGACCAGGGCUGAGUCCUGAAUUCCUUCCCCCAGCCCUGCUGGUUGGCAGGAGCCUAGAGGUGAAUGUGGUAGUGUGUGCUCCAGGAGCUCUCUCCAAACUCCUUUGUGUACCAAAGAAUCCCUGCAGCCUCUGGAGCAUGGGAAAUGCAGGGAACAAUGUGAAUUCCAGUCUCCUCUGCAUGGAGCACUGAGCCAGGGCCCUAGAGCAUCUGGCUGUGCUUGUCUGAAGCAGGUGCCUGAGCUCUGAGUGCUGCCUCUGGGAUUACACAGCAGAGGGUUCCCCGUUGCUCCUGUGUCACCCAAGAUGCCGAAAGCCACUUUCUCAGAACUGCUGCUUAGGCACCUGUAGUAAUGAGAUGUGGGACAGGGAGGGGAAUGGGAAGAAGAAUCCCCCCAGCUGCCAGCCAUGUUUCACACCAACCCCCUCCCUGGCCUCUUGAAGUUUGCUACAAACUACUGAGCUCAGAGCCCCUUUGCUGGUCUGGGCAAUAUGGGCACUGUUGCCAGCUGUAUUUCUGACAGGCCAGGCUCUCCCCAGCCACCCUCACAACUUCUCCUCCCUUUAAAGGUGUCUUCAAGGAAAAACAACAGCCAGUUGCACCAGCUUCUCUCCAAGCUGGGAAGAUUCAUGUAGACAAGAAACUUGGACAAGCUACAGUGCAGGGCCCCAGUGCUGCCUGUCUCAGGAGAGUAACUGAUUCCCAUUGUGAAUUUGUAUGUGAAUAAACCACCAGGAAGCCUGUGUCCCAAGCUGGCCGGGAUCACUUUAUGUGACGGGGUUGGGGUGCAUGUGAUAAUCCAGCAGAGUUUGCUAUUAGAUCAGUACUGCCAGUAUGUUGUAACAGUGAGAGUGUGUGUGACUGACCAUCACACUGCUACUGCUAUGGCAUUUGCUGACUGGGAGAGUGCACGCUGCUUUCUGCAUGUGUCUACUUAAAUGGGGAAGUGGAUUGGCAGAGAUCGGGAGCAGGAGUUUUGUAGUGCAGUCGGAAGGCGUGGGGACAGGGAUGUGGCCCAGUAAGUUACAAGGCCUUUCAUCUCUGGCCUCUAAGAUUCAGAUUUGACGUACAAGCUGAGGGAGCGACCAAAAGACACAGCAGAAAUUAUCUUGGCUCUCCUGACUGAGGGGGCUGGCCUGACAUUCCUUACUCAGGUUGACAGCCUAUGGGGCUGGUUGUCACCAGGGGCAGGGGACAUGCAGAGAAGCCCCAGGGAAGGAGGAGUGUGGUGGGCCCAGGUGUCUGGCUGUUGCACCCCAAUUCAGUGUCAGCUUCCAUUCCUGCAUGUAGAGCCACUGCAGGCCUCUAUUCAGGAUAAUGGUUUUCCCAGCACCCCUUUGGCUAGUGCCAGGCUGUCUGUGUUACCGAAGAGCAGCUUGGUGGGGGGUUGCCCUAGAGCCCAGAUCAGGGACCUAGAGUGGCCCUGGAGACAGGAGCUGAGAUUUUUCCACAUGUGCAUCUGAUCUGUGUGAGCGGGUCAGGGGUUGCCUAUGCCCCUGUGUGCUUCUGGAAACCCAAGAAGCGGCAGCCUUAUGCUCUGGGGCUGCCCCAUCUGUACAAAAGUCGAGGGCAACUAUGGGGCCCAUUUAGCCCUAAGAAGAGCGGUUUCUGCCUUUGGCUGGGGAGGUGUGAAGGGGAGAGCUGGAAGCCUGUGAGGUUAGGUCUCUUGCCCUAAGAAGAGAGCAGCUACAGGCAAGCUAGUGCUGUUGCUGUGGUGAAGGCAGCUCUCUGCUGGUCUUGAGAUGUCUGAGGCAGCCUUGUGGCACCAGGUUCCCCUAUCAAGACAGGAAAUGAGGCCUCCUGGCUUCUCACCACCAGGAAUGAGAGCCUCUUGUGGAGGGGCUGGAGCUGGCUAACCUGUGCCCCUCUAGAGACAGCCCUGCCCUUCUAAGUGGCCUGGAAGGGAGCAAUUCAGGCAGCAGUGAGCCAGACCCUGAGUUCAGGGAGUUUCUUUUUACCUGUGUUGCUUUUUAAAUGGGCAGAAAGUGGCACAGGACUAAUUUGGGCUGGUGCUGGAGUAUAUCCCUUUAUAUGGCAUUUGUGCAGGACCUGGGAGCUGAGCACCAGGGAUUUGGGGAACGGAUGGAUCCUUGCCAAGCUCUUCACUAUGUGUAGUCACUGGGGAGGCGUGGAAGAGAACGUGCCAUUGUCUGGGAUACAAGAGGGACUUCAUGCAGUUGAGGUUAUAGGAAGGAUGUACUGGCCCACCCCUGCCUGCCUUCCCUCCUCUGCUUCCUUUUCCUCCUCCCCCUCUGACACCGAGCUACCGUUAGACUGCCAGCUUCCCAGCCUGCCUGCCCUUGCCAGCCCUAGUAAAAUUGUUGGUAAUUUGAAAAAGUCCGGUUCAGGGUGAACAAAAUAGUGUGGGUUUUGGGUUUUUUUUUGUAUUU